AUCCAACUUGAAAUGGCUGAGAAUAGGAAUGAUAAUCCAGUGGAGAAUGCUCCCUCCAAUGGAAGGUUCACCAUCCGCUCCCUGAUCAGCACUGAGGACAGCAUCAAAGCUCAAUAUGGGCAACAAGAAUCAGCAUAUGAUACAUUUAACCCCAAUAAUCUUACACAGACCAGCACCCUUUACAUGAGAACAUUUGGCUACAAUACUGUGGAUGCAAUUCCAAAUUAUGACCAUUAUGCCAACACUGAAAUCUCUGGACAAAUAAAGAAGGUCAGACCUACACUGGAAGAUCUUCAUUCCAUCCUAAAGCAGGAUUCAAGUCAUCAUCUGGACCCUCCUGAUUAUGACAACACAGUGGAACCUCCUGAUGGUGAGGCAGAAAACACUGAGCAGAAGCCAGCUGGAGAACCUGUCCGGUUUGGAUGGAUUAAAGGGGUGAUGAUCCGCUGCAUGCUGAAUAUUUGGGGAGUUAUCCUGUAUCUCCGGCUGCCAUGGAUAACAGCACAAGCAGGAAUAGCACUAACCUGGCUCAUCAUCUUUAUGUCUGUGACUGUAACAAGCAUCACAGGACUCUCCAUUUCAGCUAUUUCCACCAAUGGCAAAGUCAAGUCAGGUGGGACCUAUUUUCUCAUCUCAAGAAGCCUUGGCCCAGAGUUAGGAGGAUCAAUUGGCCUUAUAUUUGCCUUUGCAAAUGCUGUGGCAGUAGCGAUGCACACAGUGGGAUUUGCUGAAACUGUCCGAGAUCUGUUGAGGGAUUAUGACUCGACUAUUGUUGACCCAAUAAAUGACAUCAGGAUCAUUGGGAUAAUAACGGUUAUAGUUCUUCUUGGAAUUUCACUUGCUGGCAUGGAAUGGGAGGCAAAGGCUCAGAUACUUUUCUUCAUUGUGAUCAUGAUCUCAUUUGCAAACUACUUGGUUGGCACAGUGAUACCCGCCACAGAAGAGAAACAGGCCAAGGGUUUUUUCAGUUAUCGAGCUGAUAUUUUUGCUGAAAAUUUUGUGCCUAAAUGGCGUGGACAAGAUGGAAGUUUCUUUGGAAUGUUUUCUAUUUUCUUCCCAUCAGCCACUGGAAUUCUUGCUGGAGCCAAUAUUUCUGGGGAUCUUAAGGACCCAACUGUUGCUAUUCCUAAAGGAACGCUCAUGUCAAUAUUCUGGACCACUGUAUCCUAUCUGGUCAUAUCAGCCACUAUAGGAUCCUGUGUUGUUCGUGAUGCUUCUGGCAGUCUUAAUGACACUAUAACAGAUGGGGGCUUAAACUGUGUUGGACUUGCCUGCGGGUAUGGGUGGAACUUCACUGACUGUGCAACAAAACAGAACUGUAAAUAUGGGCUGAUCAAUCAGUACCAGUCCAUGAGCAUGGUGUCUGGAUUUGCGCCACUUGUGACUGCUGGAAUCUUUGGAGCAACACUGUCAUCUGCUCUGGCUUGCCUUGUGUCUGCUCCCAAAGUGUUUCAGUGUCUCUGUAAGGACAACCUUUAUCCACUCAUUGGAUUCUUUGGGAAAGGCUAUGGAAAGAACAAUGAGCCAAUUCGUGGAUAUCUACUAACUUUCCUCAUUGCAUCUGCCUUCAUCUUGAUUGGGGAACUGAACACCAUUGCUCCCAUCAUUUCUAAUUUCUUUCUGUGCUCCUACGCUCUGAUUAAUUUUAGCUGUUUCCACGCAUCGAUCACAAACUCUCCAGGCUGGAGGCCAUCAUUUAAAUAUUACAGUAAGUGGGCAUCUCUCUUUGGAGCUGUAGCAUCUGUUGUGAUCAUGUUCCUGCUGGCCUGGGAAUCAGCUCUAAUUGCUAUUGGCAUUGUAAUUUUCCUUCUUGGCUAUGUCUUGUACAAAAAGCCCGAAGCAAACUGGGGCUCAUCAGUACAAGCAGGAUCUUAUAACAUGGCCUUGUCAUACUGCGUGGGGCUCAACCAAGUAGAAGAACACAUAAAAAAUUUUAGGCCACAGUGUCUGGUUUUGACAGGUCCUCCAAACUUCCGUCCUGCCCUUGUGGAUUUUGUGGGAACCUUUACUAAAAAACAAAGCCUGAUGAUCUGUGGGAAUGUGAUUAUUGGUCCACGUAAACAGAAACUCCAGGAGAUAAGCCCAGAAGGACACAUCAAGUGGCUGAACAAGAGGAAGAUAAAAGCUUUUUACACUGGACUGAUUGCAGAUGACUUGCGGAGUGGAACGCAGAUGCUUAUUCAGGCAGCAGGUCUUGGACAUAUGAGGCCAAAUGUCCUCGUCAUGGGAUUUAAAAAAAACUGGUCAACAUCUCACCCAAGAAGCACUGAGAAUUAUGUGGGUAUACUGCAUGAUGCACUUGACUUUAAAUGUGGUCUGUGUCUGCUAAGGAUGAAAGAAGGUAUAAAUAUAUCUCGUGUCAUGCAAGCUCACAUUAACCCCGUAUAUGAACAAACAGAAGAACCAAAACUGAAAGAUGGGGGAGAGAAUGGAGCCAGCUGUUCAGCACAAUCAACAUUGGAUCCAGAAGCUGUCACAGUUGAACAACAAGCAAGCACCAUCUUCCAGAUUAAACAGGAUAAAAAGACAAUUGAUAUCUAUUGGCUUUUUGAUGAUGGAGGACUGACACUUCUGAUCCCCUAUUUGCUCAGCCGUAAAAAGAGAUGGCAGAAAGCUAAAAUCAGAGUGUUUGUAGGUGGACAGAUCAACAGAAUGGAUGAAGAGUGCAAAGCGAUGAUAUCCCUAUUAAGUAAAUUUAGAAUUGGAUUUCAUGAAGUUCACGUUCUUCCUGAUAUCAACCAAAAGCCUCGGCCUGAGCACAUCAAGCGAUUUGAGGAUCUAAUUGCUCCAUAUAUGCUAAACGACGGUUUCAAAGAUGAGCUGACAGUAAAUGAAAUGAGGCGUGACUGUCCUUGGAAGAUCUCAGAUGAGGAGAUAAAAAAGAACAGAGCAAAGUCCCUAAGACAAAUACGUCUAAAUGAAGUGCUUCUGGAUUAUUCCCGAGAUGCGGGGUUGAUUGUCAUAACAAUGCCAAUUGCCAGAAAAGGAAAGUGUCCCAGCACCCUAUACAUGGCCUGGCUGGAAACUCUUUCACAAGACCUCAGACCUCCUGUUCUGCUGACCCGAGGGAACCAACAGAAUGUGCUGACCAUGUACUGCCAGUAAAGCUUCCAGUAACCACAGAUGUAAUCUCUCACAGUGCCUAAAAAACCUUUUGAUUUUGUUCUGUUUAUUUUGUCAUAGUUUGUAAUACCGAGCAAGCUUUUCAGGCUGUGUUUUUCAGUUACACUGAUACAUGUUACAAAAUAAUCAUUAACCUGUAAAUAAAUAAUGCAAUAUAAGUAACACCA